AUGGCUUCCUCGCGCAUAACUCAGAUCAGCAAGCAUCUCGGACCUGGGAACUCACGAACACCAGAUCCCAAGCCUGCUGAGCCUUACGUAGUCGUCGAACAACCCCUAGGAACAGGAAAAAGGGUCCGCAUCAUCACAAUCGGCAGCGGCGCAAGCGGCCUCAACAUGAUCCGCACCUUUCGUCAGAAACUCACAAACUUCGAACACAUUGUCUAUGAGAAGAACCCCGAAGUUGGAGGUACUUGGUACGAAAACCGCUAUCCGGGAUGCAAAUGCGAUAUACCCUCGCACAACUACCAAUUCUCCUGGAAGCCGAAUAAAGAGUGGAGCAGCUUUCUGUCUCCGGCGGAAGAGAUUCAGGCGUACUUGUGCCGCUUGUGUGACGGCGAAGACCUACGGCGCCAGAUCAAGACUAAUCAUCUCGUGACAGGAGCAUUCUGGGAUGAAGAUGCUGGGCGAUGGACGGUCAGGGUGAAGAACUUGGAGGACGGUGUGGAGUUUGAGGAUUAUUGCGAGUUUCUGCUGAACGCGAGUGGUAUUCUCAACAACUGGAAGUGGCCAGAUAUUCCCGGCUUGCACGACUUUUCCGGCUCCCUCCUUCAUAGCGCCGACUGGGAUGAUAAGUUUGACUGGAAAGGGAAAAGAGUCGCCAUCAUAGGCAAUGGCUCAUCUGGUGUUCAGAUCGUUCCAGCUGUACAAAGAGGGAAAGACGCAAAGGAAAUGAUUCAUUUUAUUCGGGGACCAACUUGGAUUAUGCCGCCUCGGGUUCAGACAUUGCUACUGGGCAAAGCAAAGCAAACGAUGGAGCAGAUCGAGUUGGACGAUGAUGAGAACUUCACGCCAGCUCAGAUUGACAAGUUCAAAUCGGAUCCUGCACUCUACAAGUCUUUCGUAAAGGCCAUAGAGGAGCAAGUUAACAACAAUUUCUUCCUCGUAUUAAAAGACUCGGAGACUCACCGACAAGCAACAGAAGGUGUCACUCAAUACAUGCAAUCAGCACUCAACGACGACCAGAGACUGAUCGAUAUCCUGAUCCCCAAGUUUCCUAUUAGUUGUCGUCGGAUGACACCAGGCGUGGGGUACCUAGAAUCGUUGACGAAACCCAAUGCGAGAGUCAUCUCGGGAGGAAUCGCUCGCGUAGUCACGGAUGGCCUGGUUACAGAAUCCGGAGAACAUAUUGCGGUUGAUGCCAUCGUGUGUGCCACCGGAUUCGAUGUCUCGUUUCGCCCGCGGUUUCCCAUUAUUGGACGGCGGUCUACAAAUCUCCAGGAUAUCUGGGCCAAGGAUAUCCCGAAAGCCUACAUGUCUUGCGCGGUUCCCGAGAUGCCUAAUUACUUUGUCUUCCUCGGUCCAAAUGCCCCAAUCGGUCAUGGCAGUGUCUUCACGAUAACCGAGCUGCUCGCAAAAUACAUCGCCGGCAUCAUCAAGAAAUGCCAAACUGAGGGCAUCAAAUCCAUCAGCCCCAGCCUCGACGCAGUCAAUGAGCUUCACGAACAUACCCAAGCCUUCAUGCCGCGAACAGCGUGGGCAGGGUCCUGCAGGUCCUGGUUCAAAGGUGGUGCUGUGGAUGGACCCGUCACGGCGCUGCAUCCCGGGAGCAGAAUCCACUUUUUCCACAUGUUGGAGAACUUUCGAGACCUAUCAAUCACCUCCAACACAACCUCCAACAUGGGUACAGACGCACAAAAGAGGGUCAGCCUGACCUUCCUCUCAACCGGCUCAGUCCGCAUCAAACUCCCCAUGAAAAGCCAACCGGUAAAAUCCUACCUCGACCAAUUCGUCACCCUGCGCCGCUUCCGCUGCAUCGCAAACCGCCAAUGGACGGAACCCCUCCCCAUCGGCGUCUUCCUCAUCGCCCACCCAGGCGGACCAAUCCUCUUCGACACGGGCGAGUCUCCCUGCUUCAAUGACCCGGGCUACCUCCCCUACCUAUCCCCGACAAAGAUGUUCAGCAGCGUGGACAUCAAGCCUGAAGACGGCAUCGUGCAGCAAUUGCAGCGUCUCGGUGUGGAGCCCAGCGAUCUGCAGGCCAUCGUGCUGAGUCACCUCCACGGCGACCACGCUGGCGGAUUGAAGGCUCUGAAAACUGCUGCGCCGGACGUUCCUGUGUUCGUGAGCAAGGAGCACUGGGCCGCUUUUGGGAAUAGCCCCAUGACCGCGACGCUUGCGGGGUGCGUGCCACAGCACUGGCCGGAAGGAUUCCAGCCUACUCUUGUGGAUUUCUCGGCCGGGGCCGUGGGGCCGUGGGAGACGUCUGGCCGGAUCACGGCUGAUGGGAAGGUUGUGGCGGUGCAUACACCCGGUCACGUCCCCGGCCACAUUUCGCUAGUCGUGUAUGGCGAUAACGAGGACGGAACAACAUCGACGUACUGCUUGCUUGGGGACGCGAGCUAUGGUAUCGAUUUGCUGGAUAAGGAAGAGCCGGAUGGUAUCAAUGACGACCCCAUGUCGGCGUUGGACAGCUUGCGAAAGAUCAAGGCCUUUGCGAAACAGAGUGAUGUGGUUGUUCUUCCUAGCCAUGACCCAGAUACACCUCGAUUGCUGAAAGAGCGGGUGUUGUACAAGCCACAGGAUAUUUGA